AGGCAGCACACAACAACAUCAUGCGUGAGAACCGACAUCACUGAACUCAGCUAGAUGGGAGAGUCAUGCUUCUCUCAAUAUUUUAACUUUUUGCCAUGGCUAAACAGUACGACGUUUUGGUCAGGUUGCUCAUGCUUGGAGACUCGGGGGUCGGGAAGACUUGCAUGUUACGCAGGUUCGCGGAAAGUGAGUUUAACCCUACACACAUAUCCACUAUCGGUAAGUCCAAGUUUUGAGUGACGUUUCUAAAAGUUAUCCUAUGUCUGUGUUGGUCUCAUAAAAGCGGAUACUUAAUGAGACUUUUGUCAGACUAAAAAAAAUAACCGAUGCUGCAGCCUGUUAUUGAAACAUUUACCCAGUUUUCCUGUGGUCAGAGUGUAGAAGUAGGCCUAUUUAGUAGGAUUAGUGCAAAGUGCCUCAGGUCACAACAGCCUUGAAACUAACUGAAAAACCUGUCAGUAUUAAGACAGCUAUACAAAUAGAGACUAUGCUAAAAUAGUUAUUUUUGAAUGAAUUACGUCUCCAAACUGAAGUCUGAGCAAGUCUGUGAAACAUGUCUCUUAAACAAUGACAAGGAAGGUUUUUAAAAAUGAUUUCUUUCUCAUGUCAGCUUUUCAUUUUCCUGGGUGUUUGUUAUUGUUCUCCCAUGUUUGUCCUUUUUGUUUAACCUGCUGAUAGAUCAGCUAGUCUGUGCUCUAUGUCCAUGCAGCAUGCCUCUUUUCCUGACUUUUAGAUAAUGAUUUGUAGAAAGAUGGAGAGACUAGUUUUUAAAAAAAGUUUAUUUCUAUUCAGUUAAACAAAGAAAAUAGUGACUUUGAUGUUUUGCAGUAGCAAUAGCUUGUUGUGGCUGUGAAAGAAAGCCCCGGAGCUUAAAAGAGAGCUUAAGUCAGGGUCGAAGGUUUUUAAGGUGAAGCUACAUUGUGGGAAAGCUUUAUAGGAUUAAUCAAAGUUAUUCGAGUGCACAGUGCAUGAAUUCUCAUAGCUACUACAUAAAUAAUGGCUGUUGGAUAGUUACAGUGCCUUGGUCAUCUCAUCAAGUGUGCAUUAGUUUCUCACAAAAUGAUGUUGUAUACCUCCUAUUCCUGUGUAAGGUCCCCCUAUAGAAAUGGAGAAUACCAGCACUGAAAAUGCUGUAGUAGAUGUUACAGAAGAAGCAAACGUUUUAAUGUAUUUAACAUGUCCUCUAUCAACUCACUGCCACACUGUCACGACUUACUUAAGUGGAGCAGAGCCACUGUUAAUGUUGUAAACACAUGUUAACAAAAUUAAGAAAGCUAACAGAAGAUGACACAUGAUGCGGUGACAUGAAUAACCCUCUCCUCUGGGAUAAUGCACUUAAGAGUAAAUUACACCGUUAUCAUCAUUUGAAAGGACACUGUAAAAGAACACCAGAAGGAAUUUUAAAGCAUCUAAUGUUUUGAAAGCGAGCAUGAAGAAUAAAAAAGGAUGUUUCACAGUCACACUGUCAUGGCUUGUUGGGGCGCUUGAAUGGAACAGGGCUAUUGUUAAUUUGCACAUGUGCUUCGACCACUAGUCACCAGACUCUCUGUAUAAGAUCACUAAUAAUUUAUUUUAAAUCCCACAUUUUAUUGCAUAGUAAAAUAUAUCAGAGUGAAAAGUAUCUUGAAAAAAACCUAACCUGGCAUGUACUGCAUAAAGCAUGAUUGGCAGAUAAAUAAAGUGUCUUGGAGUCACAUGGUUGGGGCUUACUCUGACACUUAAAUGGGACAAAGCUGCUGUUAAUGUGAAUUGCACUUGUGUUUUUUCAGCCAUAGUUAAAAAAAUGAUAAUAAAAAAACACCAGGGAAAUUAUCAGUAAAUGAACCCUGACUGAAAAUAGCAAACCCCAUAUAAUUUGAUAUACCACAUGCUUGGAUAAGGAUAGAUAACUAUAAAAAGGUCAUGCCACAGUUUCAAUGGCAUCUGAUUCACAGCUUUUAUACCAUAAGAAAGGAAAUAUCUCACAGUCACAUGGCUGUGACAAACUUGACAUGACAGAGACAUCAUUAAUGUCAUUAUAUCAUGCAUCUUUCCGCUUUCAGGGAAAUUAUUUAGUAAAUUAGUUUAAAUAAAAAUCAUACAAAGCCUUUUCUUAACACAGAAUAGUCGACUGUAUUUAAAUAGAAUAACUCUUAAUUGACAGUUUACUGUCAUCUGUACAAAGCCAUCAUUUGAAGCAUCUGAUGAUUUCAGGACAUGAAGAAUAGACGAAUACAUGUCUUACUGACAGCAAAAAUAUUGUGGCCAAAACAAAGCAAUUGUUAAUGUUACUGACACAUGCAGUCUUCUAAUGUGUAAUUUUAUCAUGAUUUAUCUAUGUGAUUUUUAGUGUCUGUCAUAAACAAAAAAAACUCCUCACAUAAGCCUUAACCUUAGAGACAGACAUUGUUCAUUAAAAAUAACGGGGGGCUAUUUAGAAGGCCUUAAAGCAGGAUUUUUCAGCAGAUGUUUCAAAGUUGUUAGUUUGACUUUUUGUUCUUGUGAUGUGGCAUUUAGCAUUGUUUACCCUUCAUUUAUUUGUAAAACUUCUCACUUCUUUUAUUUAUUUUUUGUGAAGGAGUUGACUUCAAAAUGAAAACCCUAGAAAUAGAUGGUGUCAAGGUGCGAGUACAGAUAUGGUAGGUGAAGUGAAAAUGUACAAUUUUGCUGCAUUCAUAUUAACGAACGUGCAAAUGCCUGAAUGAUUUUUGUCUGUUGAUGAUGUGUUUUUUUUUCUGUGCAGGGACACAGCUGGUCAGGAGCGUUAUAAGACCAUUACCAAACAGUACUACAGGAGAGCACAGGUGAGCCCUCCACAUGAACCAUCUCUGGAAUUCAGUUACCUUAAUUGAUUAUUGUUAUCAUGUAUUUAUUUUGCUUUGGUGAAUUGUCGUCCAGGGCAUUGUCUUCGUCUAUGAUAUCACAAACAGACUGUCCUUUCAGCACCUAGCCAUGUGGGCCGGUGAUGUGGAUGAAGUAAGACAUUCAGCACUCUUGUUUUGCUCCCCUGCUGUCCCUGCCUAUUAAAAGUCACCUAGUAUUUGUGUUAUCACUCAGCUUUAUGAUGUGUUGUGGUUUAGUUUUACUGACAAGAAGAUGAAGUCCCUUAUCUCUAUCAUUUUUGGGGUUCUUUUUGCAGUUUGCCCCAGACAAGGUGCAGAGGAUUUUAGUAGGAAACAAGAGUGAUGAUGAGCCCAGCAGGCAGGUGACAAAGGAGCAGGGAAGCAAGGUUUGUUGGAUUGUUCUUUAAGGUUUUCUUUUUCUUUUUAAAAUAAAAAAACUGUGCUGUUUACAUGGAAAUGCUCAGAAGCUAACCUGACUGCUCAGUAACUGAAAGAUUCAGUUUUCUUAUUUAAUUUGCCUUGCAUACUAUUCACCAAAGUUCAAAAGUGCUCUUUAAAUGCAACUUUUAUGAGGUAUUUUUUGUUCACAUAGAAUAUAAUUGAUUUUAUUUUAGGAAUAAAAUAAAAUUAGACCCAGUUACACUUAGCUGUUGGCCCCUGGCACAAUAAUUAAAACCAUAAAACCCUACUCAUAAAAAAAGACUGCUAAGUGAAAUCACUAAAAGUGCUCUUUUGUUGUUUAAUUUAAGUUUUUUGAGGAGAAACCAGCCAGAUUAGCUGUUCAGUGCUCUGCAGGCAGAGGAACAAGAAUGUGUCACGCCUGUGAAAAGUGUAAGAAUAAAAGGGCUUACUGCCGGCAAAGUAAUACGCCAAAGAAUUCCUUAAUAAAGGGUGAAUUUACACAGACAUUCAUAUCAGGGUCUGAGUCUCUGAAAUUAGCCAAAUUACUUAGUAGGGCUGAUGUGGUGUGCAACAGUUGGUAGCCUAGCUUCUGUACUAGUUCACCAGCUGGUUUCCCGAUUAAGACGCUGACCAGGAUUCCCCAGCGGGUAAUACACAUCCUACUGAGAAGUACCUCAUACAACCCCACCUUUAAAAAAAUCCCUUAAGACUGUGUGGAUGAUUGGUAAACACUCAACACCAAGAGCAAAUUUAUGUUCCAGCUGAUGACUGCUAGUCUGUAUUGUUCUCAGUCUUGGUAAUGCCACAGGAAUCCCCCCAUGUUCAUGUUGGAGUAAUGUUACUCUGCUAUUGUGUUCCUCCUCUGCUUGAUUAUCUGAGAUAAACUCUGUGACUUUUCUGUGGAGUACCUUAAUUUUGUUUUAUUUUUAACCAUAUCCACCUGGACCUUGCAGCUUGCAGAAACCUAUGGGAUGGACUUCUUUGAGACCAGUGCCUCCACUAGUACCAACAUCAAUGAGGUAGGACACCCUGUAUGUCACAAAAUAAACAGUCAAACAUGUCAGGGAACUCCCUGUUGUGCUUAAAUUUACGAUGUUUAUUUUUCCUCCUCCUCGUUCCUUCAGUCCUUCACGCGAGCAACAGAACUGGUGCUGCAGGCGCACAUGAGAGACGUGGACGACCUGUUGGGAUCUUUGGAUGAUUACCUGGAGAAAGCUGCUCUGGAGACAGAGAGAAGCACUCAAGAGACUAAUGACAACACCCGAAAGACUUGUGCCUGUUAAAAACGAGAGAUGUUAUUGUGCCAUGGCUCAGGCUAAAGACAAUUUUUCUCCCCACUAUGGCUUUACCCUGUUAUUAACAACCUUCUUCAUACCAUGACCUGCUGGCUGCGCAGGAGUUCAACUGGUUUCACCUUUCAAAGUUAAAACAGUGAUAUGCUGGUGAAUGUGGCUACCACAUGCAACCAGCAGGGGGCAGUUUUAGUGCUUAGUGAAAGAAAGGAGUGAAGUAAAAAAAUGCUCUAAUUUACACAAGUGAGCAGUUUUCCUCAAUAUCUGCAUUUUUUUACAUUUUCUCCUUAACAUAGAUGAUUUGUAAAGGCCCAUUGAAAAAAUUAUUUAGGGAGCUGGAAACAGAUACAUGCUCAAACAUGGCAGCCUGAGGAUGAUGAAUAAUUUACACCUUGAAACUCAAACCAUGCAAGGGUGGAGUCAUUUACACAACAGACUUAUUUCCUUGUGAGAGACAGUGCUGUGGCUUGUCCACUGACCUUUCUGAAUGGAGUACAUAUUUAUUCUCCAGCUUGAAUGUACAGUUUUUUUAUGAGUAUGACUGUCACUGCUUCCUUUUCCAGUGCAUCCCAGUACUGUAACUUUCCAGGGUUUUUUGAGGUGCCAUACAAGAUGUAGCUUCAUUCUUAGUUUUGAAACUCAAAGAUGUUCAAAUCAAGCCAUAAAUGAGUGAAUAAAUGAAAGUUAUUUAAAA